GAAGCCACCGGACGGGGCUCCACCUUAGCGAGGUGAGGAAUGGAGCGCUCCAGGAACUCUGUCCUCCUCCGAACGCUCAAAAAAACUUUUUAACGGCAGCGUUUGGUCCAGAAAAAUGACAAAAGACGAUUAAAAAAACACUCACAUGACCUCCAAGUUAUUUAACUCGUUUACUGUUAAUGACAGCAAUGGCGACGGAGCUGAAAUUAAACGGGACUGAACUUCUGGAAGUUGACAUAUGCGACGGCGGGAUGGGCUCCGGGGACGAGAGCGGCGUUUACGUGAACUCCGCCGCCUCCCUCCAGGAUGACUUCUCCGGCUUCCAGCAGUGGACGAGCCCCGCCGAGUCACCGAGCGACACAUCAUCAUCAUCUCCGGGACGACAGGAGGCUCCCGGCGGGCACGGAGCUCCGCCUGGCACCGCUGCUGCCACCCAAAGGACCGAUGCGGCCGGUGACAGCGACUCCGAGUCCCUGGGAAAUGGGCUGAGGACUCCGAGGACCUCCAUCGUGGACUGUCUGCUGGUGGAGCUCUAUGAGACCUACAGCGGAGGCAGCAGGAGACACGCCGACAGCUGGGACAGCUCCACGGAGGCGUCCGGCUCGGAUGCCUUCCUGGGCCGCAGUAACUCCGGGUCCAGCUUCCUCCAGGAGCUCCAGGAGAGACACACCAGGAGGCACCAGAUGAACUACCUGGCCCAGAAAGCCCCGGAGGAGCUUCGUUCAAUCAUCCAGGAGGUGAAAUAUCGCACAGGCCUGCAAUCGGCCAAACUGAUCCGGCAGCUGAAGAGACGAGACAGACUUUUCCACAAACUGCAGAAGAACUACGACAUCGUCACAGCGUGUCUUCAGGCCGUCUCACAGAAACGACGAGUUGACACAAGGCUCAAGUUUACGAUUGAACCGUCGCUGGGAAAGAACGGAUUCCAGCAGUGGUAUGAUGCCCUCAAAGCUGUGGCCAGGCUUCCUACUGGGAUACCAAAGGAGUGGAGGAAGAGGGUUUGGCUAACGCUAGCAGACCAGUACCUCCACAGCAUCUCCAUCGACUGGGAGAAGACUCUUCGUUUCGCCUUUAACGAGCGCAGCAACCCAGACGAUGACUCCCUCGGCAUCCAGAUCGUCAAGGAUUUGCACAGGACGGGCUGCAGCUCCUACUGUGGCCAGGAGGGGGAGCAGGACCGGGUGGUGCUGAAGAGGGUGCUGCUGGCCUACGCCCGCUGGAAUAAAGCUGUGGGUUACUGCCAGGGAUUCAACGUACUGGCUGCUCUUAUUCUGGAGGUUACCGAAGGAAAUGAGAGCGAUGCACUGAAGGUGAUGAUCUACCUGAUUGACAAAGUGCUGCCCGACAGUUAUUUUGCCAACAACUUGCGUGCGUUGUCAGUGGACAUGGCGGUGUUCAGAGAUCUGCUGCGUCUAAAGCUGCCCAGACUGUCCCAACACCUCCACCACCUUCAGAAAGCAGCAAACCGAGAAGCUGGAGGCAGCUACGAGCCUCCGCUGACCAACGUUUUCACUAUGCAGUGGUUUCUGACUAUGUUCGCUACCUGCCUGCCGGCUCCCACCGUGCUCAAGAUCUGGGACUCGGUUUUCUUCGAGGGAUCGGAGGUGCUGUUUCGGGUCGCCCUCGCCAUCUGGGAGAGACUGGGGGAGAGGAUUGAAUACUGUCAGACUGCCGAUGAGUUUUACAGCACCAUGGGAUGCCUCACUCAGGAGAUGCUGGAGGACAACCUCAUCGAUCCUGCUGAACUCAUGCAGGAGGUGUACUCCAUGGCGGUGUUUCCCUUCCCCCAGCUGGCCGAGCUGAGAGAGAAAUACACCUACAACAUCACUCCAUUUCCUACCUCAGUGAAAUCCAAUGGAAGUGGUGGUCUGGGCAGCUGGGACAGUGAUGACGACGCCGACAUGGAUGACGAAGAUUCGGUGGUGACGGCGCUCGGCUGUCUGGGGCCCCUGGGUGGCCUGCUGGCCCCGGAGCUGCAGAGAUACCAGAAACAUCUGAAAGACCAGCGAGCCGAGCAGGGGAACAUCGCAGAGCUGAGCCCAGGAGCCGUGGGAGCUGGAGGGGCUGGAGGAGGAGGAGGAGCGAGAGCUGAGCAUCAGGCCGCCAUCAACAGCAUGAUGAUGGAGAGGAUGAGCACCGACAUCUACGCCCUGAAGAAGCAAUACGCCCGAAUCAAGAGGCGGCAGCAGCAACAGGCUAUGCAGCUGUACAUACGCACAGGACCUGAAACUGAGAUGGCCACGAGUCCAGGGGUUCCUCAGGAUGGUUUCAACAAACACAGCGACGGUUCUGACCACAGCACUGACGACAAAUGUCCUGCCACCCGAGUCCUGGCCUCCCAGCUCAACCCUUCCAGUUCAGCGAUCAACCACCUCCUCCUGGGACGGAAACCCCGCGGAGCUCCCCGAGGCUGCGCCUCCACGCUGCCGGGGUCCCCACCUCCUUCCCUCUCCCAGGGUCAGGGCUCCCCAGGCAGGCAGCGCUGCGGCUCGCUGCCCUCCACCAGCACCGGAUCUCCAGGGAGCUCGGCGGGAGGCGCUGGGUCACCUUGGCGAGCUCACGUCCGGCAGCAUCGCAGGAACGUCGCCAGGGCUCGAGCUCAGCUGGGCUUUGGAGAUUCAGAGGAAAGGGAGGAUGAGGAGGAAGAACCUGGGAGGCUGGGGGACGAAGAGGAGAGGAAGGAUGAGGGGAAUAAGAAAGAUGAUGAGCAGAAAGAGAGGAGCGACUCCUCGGUGCCGCCGUCUCCUGAUUCCUCCAGUGCUGGGUCAGUAUGUGAAGAACCUCCACAGGGUUCGGAUGUGAUAAAAGAAGCCGAGGUGGUGGAGGUGGUGGUGCAGCUGGACUCUCUGGAUCUAGAAUCAAACCCAGAACCCACAUCAGCCGAGUCCAAACCUGAAGUCCAAGUCCCUCUUCUUCCUCCACCUCCCCCGUCUGGCCGACACAAAGAGUCCAACUCCUCAGGUUCAGAAAGAAACUCUGACAGACACUUUCCCUCCAUCGCUUCCUGCAUCCUUUCAUCCUCACCCUCCACUCCAUCCACAUCUCCUGUUCCUACAUCAUCUUCUCCUCCCGCAACCUCCACCCCAAACUCCACAUCCCGCCUGCCAUCCUCCUCAUCAGCCAACGGUUUAUCAGCUCUCUCCACUCCUUCCUCCUCCACCUUCUACAAAACAUGCUCCCCCUCCACUCCUUCUCUCUCUUCUAUCUCCUCAUCAUCUAAAUCUCACAUCUCCUCGUCACCGUCCACCCCGGCGUUCUCAUCUUCCACCACUUCCACUCCUAAACAGCAGAUCUACAACCCGUUUCCUUCUGUGAAGCAGCCGAGGAAAUCGGCGGCGGCCAGAAACCUCGGCCUCUACGGUCCCACGUCCAGAACGCCAACCGUCCACUUCCCUCAGCUCAGCCGCAACCUCAACCGGAGCAGCGCCGCCGGGACGACGGGGAGCCGAUGAAAAGCCGGAGGCUGCAAUCAUUCUCCAAACGCACCGCGAUGCCUCCUCGAGAAUACACCCCACAUUGAAUCUGAGUGAAAGACUGUGGCUCACCUGAUGGAGUAAAGAAAUUCAUAAGCCAUCACAGACAAACAUUUAAGAAGGAGAUGACUGUUAAGUGUAAAGGGAAUUUCUUAUUUGUUUGUUUUGGCUGCAUCGGUCCUCUACGUCGGAGGAGUUUGGGACAGAAUCAAGCCCUUUACAGUGACCUAUGCAGGUUGUGUUGACCAUAACAGAUACAUGAUAUACAUAAAAAAAGAAAAUAUGAUUUGUGACAGUAGCUACAUCUUUUUAGUAGCACUAAAGAGGAUUCUCCAGGACAAAAUGCUCCCUUCUGGACUUUUAUGGACCACAUUUACCAACAUAAUGAAGUAUCUUUUCCUCUCAGUUUGCACAAUAGCCAUCCAGUUGUUUGUAAGCCAAGUAUUUAAAAAAAUAAAACUACACAUGAAAUGACAUGAAAUUUCUGUAAACGAAGAGUCAAAAACUGUUUGUGCUCAAACACCUACUUGAUCUCAGUGAUGUCCUGAAGCACUUCUAACAGUAAAACCAUUCUGUGUGUUACUGUGUAUCUGUCACCUGUCCAACACAAGGAAUGUAAUCAUCAGCUUGGUUGUGUUUGUUCUGACUGUCGGGGUGUGAAUACUGUGUAAAUGAAAUGUGGCGAAACUAAAUAUAAAACAAGGUUUUCACUCUCA